AUGUACAUCCUGGAGCUCAACUACGGGGAUGGCGAGAUCCACCGGCAUUUUCUGCUGCCGGACCAGACAUAUACGCUGGGCAGGAAGACGUGCCGAAUCCUGCUUCCAGCGGCUGAACCGUCCAUCUCGCGCCACCACGCCACGAUCUUUGUAGCAGCGAUGCCCCGCUAUAGCGUCCUGGACCCCUCAGCGCAGCUGGAGAUCCGCAUCGAAGAUGUAUCGAAGCACGGCACUUUUGUCGACCGCGAGCGCAUCGGCAAGGGCAACUCGCGAUUCUUGUACCCGGAGGACCGUAUUCGACUCGGCCUUCGCGUCACGGCGCGAAUCAUUCCGGUGAUGCUCGUGCUCGCCAUCUCGCCAGACUUAACAGACGCAAGUUUAGACUUAGUGCUGGACGCGUGCGUGCACGUUGGCGCCCUCGUCGUCGAGGACUCCAUCCCGGCACCACUUUCGUACUACGAGCAGCACAUCAACUGCAUCGGCUUUCUGUACGUUGCAGAGGACAGCUUCAGGAUGGAGGAGACGAUGAUGACCGCACUCGGGCACGGUUACACGCUCGUGACGCCACACUACAUUGCUAAUUUGGUUCGCAGCCUUGAGAAGAAGAGCACGCUGAUGCCGGGAGAGUUUCCGUCGCCCUCCUCGCCACUGCCGGCGUCUCACACGCUGCGCGGUGUGCAUUACCGCCGCCCCGCCCAUACCUUUUUCUCCGUCACGGAGUUCCUGUCUAUUGGCCGCCCGAUGAUGGCCGAAAUCUUCCGCGACUGCACGGUUGUGCUGCUAGAGAGCGCCCUGGAGGAGAUCUACAGUGGGGUGCUGCGCCUGUUUGGUGGCACCGUAGAGGCGGUGGCGCUGGAUGCCAUCGAUGCGUGGCGCUCGCGGCAGUCGUCCUCACCACCGUUCCCGCUGACCACCGUCGUGCUCGUUGGUGAGGCGGACUUCCGCAGUGUGUCGAACGAGGUCAUCGAGCGCGGCGGUGGUCGGGGGGUGUUCUCGACGGAGCACGCGCACCCCGUCAUCUGCGGCUAUCUCACCAUGUACAAGUACGGCGUCUGCCUCAUACCAGAGGAGAACGUGCACCUCGCGCUUUACCGUAAUGACCUCACGGAGCUGAAUGCGAAGCCGACAUCGCGCUACCUCCAGCGCACCGCCGAUGACUUGCUGGCCGAUGCGGCGCCGUCGUCUGCGGACGCUGCCCCGCUGCUCAGGCGAAGCGGAACGUUCACCGGCUCGAGCUCAGCCAGCCGCCGGGGCAGCACCACCCGCGUGUCGGAGUCGCCGGCUAACGCGUCAACAUCACCAGCGGCUACGAUCGACCCGGCACCGGUCCUUGCCAGACGUUCGCGCGAGCCCUCCUUCCAUGCCGGCUACUCGCCUAGUCGGGCAGACAAAGAUGGCAACGCGCCGGCAGCGGCGCGGCCGGCAACCACUGCCCCGACGGCGGCUACGGCAAGCUCGACUGGGGACGUGCGGAGCUGCGACAGCUCUCGCAGCGCCAGUCCUCAUCCCGCCAGCUCUCUCCACUUUGCUCAUAGCGCUGGUAGUGAGUCGGCAGCUCAGGAGAAACGCUCGAAUAGCGCCUCUGCAGGUUCGUCUCCCUACACUGCGGCCCCAGCCACCACGUCCGUUGCUACGGUGCUGCCAUCAGCAAACUUGAACGGGACUAGCCACGCGCCGGAUACAGCUACCUCAUCCACCCACUCUCUGCUGACGUCGGUGGCGACAACCGCGUCGUUGUCAGCCGGUGCUGGCGGCGGCGGCGGUGCCACCACCGCCUUUCGAUGCGGAGACAGGUCUGUCUCCGCAACGUCUGCAAGUACGGCGACGCUUGCCCCGAGCGCGGCGCCGGCGCCGCAGCGCCUGCGCGUCAAUACUGCCCGGCGCAACUCGCACCCGUUCUCACUCUCAGCCCGGCAGCGCAACGGUGGCGAGGAGAGCGACGACGAGGAGUGCACCAACAACGGCACCGGCGGCGUGCUGGAGCCUGAGGAGGCGGAGGGUUCUCAGUGGCACCGCCGCGGCGCAGCCUCGUUGACCCGCCGCGCGAGCGGCAGUCUGCGUCGCUCCAGUAUAGACAACACCACUAAGAUGCUCCCGCUGAGGAGCGAGGGGAUUGUGCGCUUGCUCUCCGGUACUGGCUCGGCGUUGCAGCCACCUGGCGCUGCCGCGGCUGGAAGCGCUCGCGGCCACCAGGCAUCCACAACACUUGACGAGCGGCCCCAGCGGCGUCCGCAUGUAAGCUCCGAGGAACGGUGGUGCAACUCUGCGCGUGGGGUAUGGCUCCGCUGCAGCAACACCGAGGAUACCGAGAGCUCAGCAGCUAAGGGCGCUGUGCCCCCGCUGACGUCAUCGUCUUCCACCUCUCCAGCCACAGCCGGCCCCACGGGCGGCACGACUGCCGCCGUGAUGGUACUUCACCGCGCAGGACAGCCGAAGAGCGUCCCUGCGCUAACCACACCCGCAGUCGCCGCACCGGCGGGCGAGCCUGCACCAUCAAAACCGAAGCACUCAGAACGCAUGAACGGAAACCCGAUCGGCAAAGGCAGUGAGACGGCCCAUCCGCCUCUCCCCAUCCGCCGCGGAGAGCAGCGCUUAGUCAGCACAUCAGCUUCAGCACCCUGCUGUGGCCUUGUGCGUCUGAACCCAUCUCUCGACCUCGUCCGCAGUGGGAGGUAUCACGACAGCGAGCGGUGCACGACGCCGGAGCACGAUGUUGUUGUACACACCGCAUCGAAGGUAGGUGUGUCGCCUCCGCGGCAGCGCGUCGAAGCGGUGCGCAUCGGAUCCGCGUCAGGGCGGCGUAUGCUGCUCUCCCGCGACUUGGAGCCUUCUCUGCCUUCUCACAUCGAACCCGCAGAGGGUAGCGCUGACGAUAUAGGUAACCCACGCAGCGUCGUGCGGUGCGAAUAUCUUUGCAAUGGCAACCGACAACUGCCCGGUACCGCCGCCCGCCCUGUCUCCGCACGGCGGGCGUCUUCUUCCUUUCAACGCUGUGACAGCUCGCAGAUGCGGGAGAUGGCCACGCCGUGUCGUCUCAUGACCCCGCGCUUGUCCAGCAGCGUACCACGCAGUCGCUCUACCCAGGCACAGGGCAGCGUGCAGCGCAGUUGGUCGCAACUCGCCACAGACGAUGGCACAGCGCACAAGACGAGCAUCGGUUAUUUGAGGGAAGGCCGCAGCGGUGGCGCCUCGGCGCGGCACGGCAGCAUUCAGCGACGCCACGGAAGCCCCACCCAAGGCAACGAAGCGUCAUGUGCCGCGACGACGUCGUCGAACCUUUCCGUGGCGGCACCGAUUCCGGGCCUGCGCAACGGCAGUGUCAACUCAGGCAGGUCUACCACGAAUAAUGUGACGGUAGAGUCGUACUUGCAGAUGAACAAGGAGUUGCACUUGCACUGCCAGAACUUUAUGAGCAGCUUCCUCGACAACUUCGUAAGCGACGCGGAGCGGACUGCGCGGUGCGUGGUGCGACAGGCCUACAUGGAUCCCCCGAGCAAGCAGAUGCUGAAGGACGGGGUGGGGCGCGUGUUGGAGUUCUUGUACUACGUCAAUGGCACCUACCCUGACAUACCAGCCAUGUACAGCACCACCAGCACCCGCGCUGCGUGUCAUCAAGUGUGGCAGAAAUCCCACUACGCCCUCAGCAAGGUCAAGUCCUGCUAUAAGGCAGUGAACUGCAAGGUGCCAUCGGUGCUAACCCGUGCCUGCGCCGCCCUCAGCACACGUGCUGUGCCACCCCCGCAUCACAGGCGACUCACCUCCAUCACCGCCAGGGCCGAGGCCGGACCAUCGCAGCGCAUGAGUGCCUUCUAG